GGUCUGAGGGGGGCGGAAAAUUAAAGAACCACAGAAGCAAACCAAAGGAGCAUCCAUAAAGACCAAUGGUGGGAAGAGAGAAGUUAACUUCAUUCACUUAAGUCAGUAGGUGACGGGCAGAGAAACGCUCUGUGAAGAUGGCAGAAGAAGAGGAAUAUGAGGAGGUUGUGGAGUACUACAUUGAAGAGGAGGUCGAAGAGGGGGAACCAGCGGAGACUUAUACUGAGUACACCGAGACUACGUACACCACUGGAUCAACCCAAUAUCCUACCACAAAGCAUACUUCAGGGACAACUUCGGGGACAACUUCGGGGACAACCCAGAAAGGCGCACCUUCAGCUCCAGUCAGAAAAAGGGUUGUACGGACAAAAGUGGACACCUCUAAGUUUUUGACACCAUACCUGGAACACAGUUCAAAAAUGCAAAAGCUCUUCAGUAAUAUAAAGUACAAAGAGAAAUUUGAGAAGGAGAAAGGAAAGCCAUAUGCCAUCACCACAGAUACCCCUGAACUUCGAAGAAUCAAGAAAGUCCAGGACCAGCUCAGUGAAGUUAAAUAUCGCAUGGCUGGUGACCUGGCUAAGACUAACUGUCACGUUGAUGAAAAGGCAAGAGACAUAGAACAUGCAAAGAAGGUAUCUCAGCAAGUCAGCAAAGUGUUAUACAAACAAAAUUGGGAAGAGAAUAAAGAAAAAUAUCUGCUUCCUCCUGAUGCUCCAGAGCUUGUGCAGGCGAUAAAAAAUACAGCCAUGUUCAGUAAGAAAUCAUACAUUGAAGACUGGGAAGCUGACAAAACAAUGUUCUAUCCUUAUGACGACAGCCCCGAAUUAAGGAGAGUAGCACAGGCCCAAAAGGCCCUCAGUGAUAUUGUCUACAAAAAAGGGCAUGAAGAACGCAAAGCUAAAUUCACUUCUCUGCCAGACCCACCUGACGUGGAACUCGCCAAGAAAGUAACCAGACAGCUCAGUGAUCGUAAAUAUCAUGAAGACUAUGAGAAGAAGAUCAAAGGCAAGUGGAGUCAAACUCCUUGCUAUGACGUUGCAGUUGCUAAAAUGAACGCUGACAACUUCAGCAUGAGGAAAUACCAGGAAGACUGGGAAAAUAAGAAAGACCAAAUCUACUUUAUGCAAACAGACACCCCAGAAUAUACGGUUAAUAAACGGGCUGGGGUAGCUGCAAGUAAGGUGAAAUACAGAGAAGAUUAUGAAAAAGCUAAAGCUUCUGCUGAUUAUAACGUACUUCCAGCUACAGAGAACCCACUGCUCAGGCAUUUAAAAGCUGCUGGAAAUCUUGUGAAUGAUAGAUUAUACAAAGAAGCAUAUGAAAAAGCAAAAGGAACAAGCAUUAACUACUGUGAUACCCCCAAGUAUCAAAUUGACAAUGUUCUGAAAAACUAUGGCGAUAUUAAAUAUAAAGAGGGAUAUCACAAUAUCCUGGGCCGGUAUAUAGGCAGCUACGAGGACCCACAUCGAGCCCACUGUGCAAAAAUUGAAGCCAUGAAGGGCGAUAAAAACUACAAAGCAGACUACGAAGAAGAAAAGACAAAAUGCUACUUCCCACAGACCAUAACUCAAGAGUACGAAGCUAUGAAAAAGUUAGACCAGUGCAAAGAUUAUACGUACAAAAAGCAUCCGGAUCAGAUGAAAUUCACACAAGUGACCGAUUCGCCUGUUCAGCUGCAAGCGCAGAUUAAUUCCAAGCAGCUGAGUGAUUUGAACUACAAAGCCAAACACGAGAGUGAAAAGUUCAAAUGUUCUAUACCACCGGAUGCUCCACUGUUCCUUCAGUCUCGAGUCAAUGCAUAUAACCUCAGCGAUAACUGUUAUAAAUAUGACUGGGAGCAAUCCAAAGCGAAGAAGUUUGAAAUCAAGUUUGACGCCAUUCCACUUAUUGCUGCUAAAGCCAACCGAAAGAUUGCAAGUGAUGUGGAGUACAAGAAAGCUUAUGAACAGAGCAAAGGGAAACUAAUUGGAGCUUUGAGCAUCCAUGAUGAUCCCAAGAUGUUACAUUCUGUCAAAGUGGCCCAUCAACAGAGCGAUCGAUUAUACAGAGAAGCCUAUGAAAAAGGAAAAGGAAUCAGCAUUAACUACUGUGACACCCCAAAGUAUCAAGUUGACAAUGUUCUGAAAAACUUUGGUGAUAUUAAAUAUAAAGAGGGAUAUCAGAAUAUCCUGGGCCGGUAUAUAGGCAGCUACGAGGACCCUCAUCGAGCCCAUUGUGCAAAAAUUGAAGCCAUGAAGGGCGAUAAAAACUACAAAGCCGACUACGAAGAAGAAAAGACAAAAUGCUACUUCCCACAGACCAUAACUCAAGAGUACGAAGCUUUGAAGAAGCUUGACCAGUGCAAAGAUUAUACAUACAAAAAGCAUCCUGACAAGACCAAAUUCACACAAGUGACCGAUUCACUUGUUCAGGUUCAAGCGGAGAUUAAUUCCAAGCAGCUGAGUGAUCUGAACUACAAAGCCAAAUACGAGAGUGAGAAGUUCAAAUGUUCUGUACCACCAGAUGCUCCGUUGUUCCUUCAGUCUCGAGUCAAUGCAUAUAACCUCAGUGAUAUUUGCUAUAAGUAUGACUGGGAGCGAUUGAAAGCUAAGAAAUUUGAAAUCAAGGUUGACGCCAUUCCGCUUAUUGCUGCUAAAGCCAACCGAAAAAUUGCAAGCGAUGUGGAGUACAAGAAAGCUCAUGAACAGAGCAAAGGGAAACUAAUUGGAGCUUUGAGCAUCCAUGACGAUCCCAAGAUGUUACAUUCUGCCAAAGUGGCCAAACAACAGAGCGAUCGGGAAUACAGAAAAGGUUACGAAGAGUCAAAGACCAAGUACACAGCACCACUGGAUAUGAUCCCAGUUGUACAAGCAAAGAUAGCACAGGCUAUUGCCUCCAAUACAGACUACAAGCAUCUCAUUCACAACUACUCCUAUCCUCCUGAUAGUAUUAAUGUGGAUCAUGCCAAGAAGUCUUAUGCAAUACAAAGCGAUAAUGAAUACAAAGCUGACUAUAACUGUUGGAUGAAAGGCUGUGGCUGGGUGCCAUUUGGAUCCAUGGAAGUAGAAAAAGCUAAAAGAGCUUCAGAUAUUAUCAGUGAGAGGAAAUACCGUCAGCAUCCAGACACUCUUAAGUUUACAUCAAUUGAAGAUGAGCCUGCUGUAGUACAGGCUAAAAUCAACCAGGCUCAAAGAAGUGACAUCAUUUAUAAAGCCAAAAAUGAAGAUUUAAUUCACAAAUAUCACCUCCCUGCAGACGCACCUCAAUUUAUCCAGGCAAAGGUUAAUUCCUACAAUAUUAGUGAUACCUAUUACAAACUGGGGUUGGAAGAACUGAAAACGAAAGGAUACGAUCUGAGAAAUGACGCUAUUUCCAUCAAAGCUGCCAAGGCUGCUAGACACGCUGCUAGUGAUUUCCAGUACAAAAAAGCCUAUGAAAAUGCCAAGGGCAAACUGAUUGGAUUCCAGAGCCUUCAAGAUGACCCCAAACUGGUCCAUUAUAUGAACGUCGCCAAGAUGCAGUCAGAGCGGGAGUACAGGAAAGGUUAUGAGCAAAGCAAAACCAAGUAUAACACUCCACUGGAUAUGGUCAAUGUUGUGGCUGCCAAGAAGGCCCAAGAAAUUGCCAGUGACACCAAUUACAAGCGGCUGGUGCACCAUUACACUUGCUUGCCUGAUGCAAUGAGUGUGCAAUUGUCCAAAAACAUGAUGCAGAUACAGAGCGACAAUCUUUACAAGUCAGAUUUUAACAGCUGGAUGAAAGGCAUUGGGUGGAUUCCUAUUGGGUCUCUGGAUGUAGAGAAAGCUAAGAAAGCUGGAGAGGCUUUGAAUGAAAAAAAUUACCGACAGCACCCAGAUACGAUCAAAUUUACCAGUGUGGUAGACUCACCUGUCAUGGUCCAGGCUAAGCAGAAUGCGCUUCAGCUUAGUGAUAGGCUGUACAAAUCUUCUGGAGAGGAAUUCAAACAUAAAUACAACUUGCCAGCAGAUGCCCCUCAGUUCAUCCAGGCGAAAUACAAUGCAGCUAACAUCAGUGAUACCUAUUACAAACUUGGCUAUCAUGACCUAAUAGCCAAAGGGCACAGUGUGCUUGGUGAUUCUAUGCCAAUUACUCUAGCCAAGGCUUCAAGAAACAUUGCUAGUGACUUCAAAUAUAAACAGGCUUAUGAAAAGGCAAGAGGAAAACAUGUUGGUUUCAGAAGCCUGCAAGAUGAUCCUAAGCUUGUCCAUUCUAUGCAUGUGGCAAAGAUGCAGUCUGACCGUGAGUACAGGAAAGACUAUGAGAAGAGCAAGACUAGCUACCACACACCUGUGGAGAUGGUCAGUAUCCAGGCUGCGAAGCAGGCUCAGGAUGUAGCCUCUAAUUCCCACUACAAACACCUGAUCCAUCAUUAUACCUGCUUGCCAGAUACCAUGAGUGUUGAGUUGGCAAGGAAUAGGAUGCAAAUUCAGAGCGAUAAUGUUUACAAACAAGACUACAACAGUUGGUUCAAAGGAAUUGGAUGGAGUCCUCUGGGUUCACUAGAUAUGGAAAAAGUUAGAAAAGCUGGAGAGGCAUUAGAGGAACAUAAAUAUCGCCAACGCCCGGACACCUUCAAGUUCUCAAGCUUGCUAGAUACAAUGCCAAUGGUUUUGGCUAAGCAAAACACCAAGCAGCUCAGUGAUAUAAACUAUAAAGUGGAGGGCGAGAAAGUUAGACACACCUAUCACUUGGAUCCUGAUCUUCCUCAAUUUAUUCAAGCCAGAGUUAAUGCUUAUAAUAUAAGUGAUGGUCAUUACAAAGCAGACUGGAAGAAGCUGAUUGCCAAAGGGUACGAUCUGAAGCCAGAUGCCAUUUCUGUAAUGGCUGCAAAAGCUUCACGAAACAUUGCCAGCGAUUACAAAUACAAGGAAGCCUAUGAGAAAGAUAAAGGAAAACAAGUUGGAUUCCGUAGUCUGCAGGAUGAUCCCAAAUUGGUCCAUUAUAUGAAUGUGGCCAAACUACAGUCUGAUCGCUUAUACAAGAAGGAUUAUGAAAGCAGCAAGACUAAGUAUCACAGCCCUUUCGACAUGUUUAGUGUGGUCGCUGCUAAGAAAGCCCAGGACGUCGUUACCGAUACAAACUACAGACAAUCUUUUCAUAAUUACACCCUUUUGCCUGAUGCCAUGAGUAUGGAAUUGUCAAGAAACAGAAUGCAGAUUCAGAGUGAUAAUCUUUACAGAGCAGAUUUCAGUAACUGGCUGAGAGGAGUUGGCUGGGUGCCAAUUCAGUCCCUAGAAGUAGAGAAAGCAAAGAAGGCCACUGACAUUCUUAGUGAAAACAAGUAUCGUCAGCACCCAGACAAGCUGAAAUACACUAUUGACAUGGAUUCCAUGGAGCAGGUGCUUGCUAAGCAAAAUGCCGAGACCAUGAAUAAGAGGCUGUAUGUUGACAAAUGGAACAAAGAGAAGACUGACAUCCAUGUGAUGCCUGACACACCUGAAAUUCUCUUGUCCAAAGCCAACCAAGUCACCAUGAGCAAUAAACUGUACAAGGCUGGAUGGGAAGAAGAUAAGAAGAAAGGUUAUGAUCUGAGGCCAGAUGCUAUCUCAGUAAAAGCAGCCAAGGCUUCUAGGGACAUUGCAAGUGAUUAUAAAUACAAACUGGCCUUUGAGCAGGCAAAGGGAAAGCACAUUGGGUUUCGGAGUCUCGAAGAUGACCCUAAGCUGGUGCAUUUUAUGCAAGUUGCUAAAAUGCAAUCGGAACGUGAAUACAAAAAAGACUAUGAGAAAUCAAAGACCAGGUUCCACACGCCGGUUGACAUGUUCAGCGUAGUGGCAGCCAAGAAAGCACAGGAUGUUGUGACGGAUAUAAACUACAGGAGCAUUAUCCACACUUACAAUGUCAUGCCUGACGCCAUGAAUCUUGAACUGGCCAAAAACAUGAUGCAGAUACAGAGUAAUAAUCAGUACAAGGCAGACUAUGAUGAAUUUAUGAAGGGAGUUGGAUGGAUGCCUUUAGGCUCUCUAGAAUCUGAGAAGAAUAGGAAAGCCAUGGAGAUUGUUAGCGACAAAAAUUAUAGACAGCAUCCUGACAAACUGAAGUACUCCAUCCUGAUGGAUUCCAUGCCCAUGGUCCUGGCUACAAAUAAUGCAAAAAUUAUGGAUGAGCACCUUUACAAAAAGGACUGGGAGGCAGACAAGACAAAGAUUCACAUAAUGCCUGACAUUCCUGAGAUUGUUUUGGCAAAAGCAAAUGCCUUUAACAUCAGCAAUAAAAUGUACAGACUUUCCCUGGAAGAGGCUAAAAAGAAGGGAUAUGAUCUCAGAGCUGAUGCAAUUCCCAUUCAAGCUGCUAAGGCUUCUCGAGACAUUGCUAGUGAUUACAAAUACAAGCUAGGCUACGAAAAGGACAAAGGUAAGCUUGUUGGCUUCCGCAGCCUCCAAGACGAUCCUAAACUCGUCCAUUAUAUGCAAGUGGCAAAGAUGCAGUCAGAACGUGAGUACAGGAAAGCCUAUGAAAUCAGCAAGACCAGGUACAACACGCCUGCUGAUACGUUCAGUGUCAUGGCGGCCAAGGAAGCACAAGCAAAUAUCACCAACACUAACUACAAAAGGCUGAUCCACAAGUACAUCCUCCUGCCAGAUUCAUUGCAAGUAGAACUGACCAGAAACAUGAAUCGGAUUCAAAGUGAUCUUGAAUAUAAGCAAGACUAUAAUGAAUGGUACAAAGGACUUGGUUGGAGCCCAGCAGGGUCCCUGGAUGUUGAAAAGUCCAAGAAAGCCACUGACAUAGCAAGUGACACCAAGUAUCGCCAGCACCCCAGCGCUUUCCCAUUUACAAAGAAGAUGGACUCGAUGGAUAUGGAGCUUGCAAAAUACAAUGCUGGUGUUAUGAAUAAGCAUGAUUACAUACAAGCAUGGGAGAAGGAUAAGAAAACGAUUCAUGUGAUGCCGGAUACACCUGAUAUUAUGCUGGCUAAAGCAAACAAGUUUAAUUACAGUGAGAAAUUGUAUAAACUUGGUUGGCAAGAAAUGUUGAAGAAAGGCUAUGAUCUCACAACCGAAGCCAUUUCAGUGAAAGCAGCAAAAGCAUCACGAGACAUAGCUAGUGAAUACAAGUACAAAGAAGGUUACCGCAAACAACAGGGACAUCACAUUGGAUUCCGUAGCUUGCAAGAUGAUCCCAAACUUGUGCACUGUAUGAAUAUAGCCAAGAUGCAAAGUGAAAGGGAAUACAAGAGGGAUUUUGAGAAGUGGAAGACCAAGGUUAAUUUGCCUGUGGAUAUGUUGGCUUUCUUGAUGGCAAAGAAUUGUCAGAACUUGGUUAGUGAUACAGACUACAGACGGAUCAUUCACCAGUGGACUUGUUUGCCAGACCAAACAGAUGUCAUUCAUGCUAAGAAAGUUUAUGAACUACAAAGUGAUAAUGCAUAUAAAGCAGAUCUUCAGUGGCUACAAGGAGUUGGAUGGAAUUCAUAUGGAUCUUUAGAAUCAGAAAAGAACAAGAAAGCUUCAGAGAUUCUGAGUGAGAAGAGAUAUCGUCAACAUCCUGACACAGUUAAAUUCACAAGUAUUGCUGAUUCAAUGGAGGUGGUUUUGGCAAAAGAAAAUGCCAAGCAUAGAAGUGAUAAACUUUACAGAGAAGCUUGGGACAAGGACAAGACUCAGAUUCACAUCAUGCCCGACACUCCUGAAAUUGUUUUGUCCAGAGCCAACUUACUUAACACAAGUGAUAAACUCUACAAGUUAGGAUUAGAGGAACUGAAGAAGAAAGGCUACAACCUUCCUAUUGAUGCCAUAACAAUCACGGCAGCAAAAGCAUCUCGAGAUAUUGCCAGUGAAUACAAAUACAAAGAUGGAUAUCGUAAGCAGCUUGGCCACCAUAUUGGAGCUCGCAGCAUACAAGAUGACCCUAAACUUGUGCAUUCAAUGAAUGUAGCCAAGAUGCAGAGUGAAAGAGAAUACAAGAAGGAUUUUGAGAAAUGGAAGACUAAGUACAACUCUCCUGUGGACAUGUUGGGGAUCUUGCUGGCUAAGAAUUGUCAGAAAUUAGUCACUGAUAUUGAUUACCGCAAUUACCUGCACCAAUGGACUUGUCUUCCAGACCAGAAUGAUGUUGUGCAUGCCAGGAAAACGUAUGAUCUUCAAAGUGAUAAUUUGUACAAAUCCGAUCUUGAGUGGCUAAAAGGUGUAGGCUGGUCUCCAAGUGGAUCUCUAGAAGCUGAGAAAAAUAAGAGAGCCUCCCAGAUCUUGAGUGACUACACGUACAGACAACAUCCUGACACACUCAAAUUUACAAGUCCUAUUGAUUCUAUGCCUAUGGCUUUGGCAAAGCAUAACUCUGAAGUUAUGAACCAUCGCAUGUAUGUUGAAGCCUGGAACAAGGAUAAAACCAGCAUCCACAUUAUGCCAGAUACUCCUGAAAUUGUACUGUCACAGCAGAACAAAAUCAACUACAGUGAGAAAUUAUACAAACUUUCAUUGGAAGAGGCCAGGCAGAAGGGCUAUGAUCUUCGUCUGGAUGCAAUCCCAAUCAAGGCUGCUAAAGCUUCCAGAGAUAUUGCAAGCGAUUACAAAUAUAAGGAAGGCUAUCGUAAGCAGCUUGGCCACCAUAUUGGAGCUCGCAGCGUACAAGAUGACCCUAAACUUGUGCACUCUAUGAAUGUAGCGAAGAUGCAAAGUGAAAGAGAAUACAAGAAGGAUUUUGAGAAAUGGAAGACCAAGUAUACCACUCCUGUGGAUAUGCUUGGUGUGUUAUUGGCCAAGAACUGUCAGAAACUAGUCAGUGAUGUUGACUAUCGCAAUUACCUGCACCAGUGGACAUGCCUUCCAGACCAAAAUGAUGUCAUCCAAGCUAGAAAAGCUUAUGAACUACAGAGUGACAAUUACUACAAACUUGACCUUCAGUGGAUGAAAGGCAUUGGCUGGGUCCCCAUUGGCUCACUGGAUGUUGAAAAAGCCAAAAAAGCUGGAGAGAUCCUAAGUGAAAAGAAAUAUCGCCAGCCCCCUGACACAUUCAAAUUUACUAGUGUGACAGAUUCUAUGGAAAUAGUCUUGGCCAAGCAAAAUGCAGAAACAAUGAAUAAGCGUUUGUACACUGAAGCAUGGGAUAAAGACAAGACUCAAAUCCACAUAAUGCCUGACACCCCUGAAAUCACUUUGGCCAGGGAAAAUAAAAUCAAUUAUAGUGAGAGUUUAUAUAAACGUUCGCUGGAAGAAGCGAGAAAGAAGGGCUACGAUUUGCGAAUUGAUGCCAUUCCAAUCCAAGCUGCCAAGGCAUCGAGAAAUAUUGCCAGUGAUUACAAAUACAAAGAAGGUUAUCGGAAGCAGCUUGGUCACCAUGUGGGAGCUCGCAGUGUAGAAGAUGACCCUAAACUUGUGCAUUCUAUGAACGUAGCCAAGAUGCAGAGUGAGAGGGAGUACAAGAAAGAUUUUGAGAAUUCGAAGACCAAGUAUACUACUCCUGUGGAUAUGCUCGGUAUCUUAUUGGCUAAGAACUGUCAGAAACUGGUCAGUGAUGUUGACUACCGCAAUUACCUGCACCAGUGGACAUGUCUGCCAGAUCAGAAUGAUGUCAUCCAAGCUAGAAAGGUUUACGAUCUACAGAGCGAUAAUAACUACAAGCUAGACCUUCAGUGGAUGAGGGGCAUUGGCUGGGUCCCCAUUGGUUCAUUGGAUGUUGAGAAAGCCAAGAGGGCUGGAGAGAUCCUAAGUGAAAAGAAAUAUCGUCAGCCACCAGACAGCUUCAAAUUUACUAGUGUGACGGAUUCUCUGGAAAUAGUCUUGGCCAAGCAAAAUGCAGAAACAAUGAAUAAGCGCCUGUAUACCGAAGCUUGGGAUAAUGACAAAUUAACAAUUCAUGUGAUGCCUGAUACUCCUGAGAUCAUGCUAGCAAAAUUCAAUAAACUAAACUACAGUGAGAAAUUAUACAAACUGGCUAUGGAGGAAUCAAAGAAGAAAGGCUAUGACCUGCGUGUUGACGCCAUCCCAAUUCAAGCUGCCAAAGCCUCCAGGAAUAUUGCCAGUGAUUACAAAUACAAAGAAGGUUAUCGGAAGCAGCUUGGUCACCAUGUGGGAGCUCGCAGCGUAGAAGAUGACCCUAAAAUUGUGCAUUCUAUGAACGUAGCCAAGAUGCAGAGUGAGAGGGAGUACAAGAAAGAUUUUGAGAAAUCGAAGACCAAGUAUACUAGUCCUGUGGAUAUGCUCGGUGUUUUAUUGGCUAAGAACUGUCAGAAACUGGUCAGUGAUGUUGACUACCGCAAUUACCUGCACCAGUGGACAUGUCUGCCAGAUCAGAAUGAUGUAAUCCAAGCUAGAAAGGCCUACGAUCUACAGAGCGAUGCUAUUUACAAGUCUGAUAUGGAAUGGCUGAAAGGUACUGGGUGGAUUCCUGUUGGGUCUCUGGAAGCUGAGAAAGUGAAGAGAGCUGGAGAAAUCCUAAGUGAUAGGAAAUACCGACAACCACCUGAUCAACUCAAGUUUACCAGCGUAACAGAUUCUUUGGAGAUAGAGCUGGCAAAACAUAAUGCUGAGACAAUGAACAAGAAAUUAUACACUGAAGCCUGGGAUAAAGACAAAACUACCAUCCAUGUAAUGCCAGAUACCCCAGAGAUUGUGCUGGCAAAGGCCAAUUCAGCCAACAUUAGCCAUAGACUUUACAUUGAAGGUUGGGAAGAGGCCAAGAAGAAAGGUUAUGACCUGAGACCUGAUGCAAUUUCAAUCGUUGCUGCAAAGGCAUCUAGAGAGAUAGCUAGUGAUUAUCAGUACAAAAAAGCGUAUGAGAAGCAGAGAGGACACUAUAUUGGUGUCGGAAACCUUCAAGAAGAUCCCAAGCUGGUGUGGCAUUUACAUGCAGCCAGGAUUCAGAGCGACAGAGAGUACAAAAAAGACUUUGAGAAAUGGAAAACAAAGAUCCAUAGUCCAGUCGAUAUGCUGUCAAUCUUGCUGGCUAAGAAUUGUCAGAAGUUGGUCAGUGAUGUGGAUUACCGCCGUUACCUGCAUGAGUGGACUUGCCUGCCAGACCAGAAUGAUGUAAUUCAUGCAAAGAAGGUUUAUGAGUUGCAAAGUGAGAAUGCGUACAAGGCAGAUCUGGAGUGGCUGCGUGGUGUUGGUUGGAUCCCACAGGGCUCCUUGGAAGUCCUCAAAGUGAAGAAAGCCCAGGAUAUUCUGAAUGACAGACUGUAUCGUCAACGACCAGACUCUCUGAAAUUUACUGCUAUUGUUGAUACACCAGAAAUUGUCUUGGCUAAGUCCAAUGCUUUGCUUCACAGUGGGGCUUUAUAUCGUGAACUCUGGGAUAAAGAAAAGACACAGUUCACCCUUCCAGUUGAUACCCCUGAGAUGGUGCUAUCCAAAAUGAAUGCUCUGAACAUCAGCAAAAAACAUUAUCAAUCAGGCUGGGAAGAAGCCAAGAAGAAAGGUUAUGACUUAAGACUGGAUGCCAUUGAAAUCCAGCAGGCCAAGGCUUCUAGAAAUAUUGCCAGUGAGUACAAGUACAAAGAAGGCUACCGUAAGCAACUUGGACACCACGUGGGAUGCCGGAACAUCUACGAUGACCCCAAGCUGGUCCUGGCGAUUCAUGUAGCUAAACUGCAAAGUGACCGAGUGUACAAGAAGGAGUUUGAGAAAUGGAAGACCAAGUUCAAUAGCCCGGUGGACAUGCUGUCCAUCUUGUUGGCCAAGAACUGUCAGAAACUGGUCAGUGACAUUGAUUACCGCCGCUAUCUGCAUGAAUGGACAUGUCUGCCUGACCAGAAUGAUGUCAUCCAAGCCAAGAAAGCAUAUGAGCUACAGAGUGAUAAUGCAUAUAAAUCAGACCUGGAGUGGCUGCGUGGCAUUGGCUGGAUGCCAGAGGGCUCUGUGGAAGUCCUCAAAGUGAAAAAAGCUCAAGAACUUCUGAACGACAGAUUAUAUAAGCAACGUCCAGACACACUGAAGUUUACCAGUAUCGUUGACCCACCUCCUGUUGUCCUGGCUAAGAUCAAUGCCCAACAAAUCAGUGAGCAUCUGUACCGUGACGCCUGGGAUAAAGAGAAGAUACAGGUCCAUCUUCCUUCCGAUACCCCUGGAAUGCUGCUGUCUAAGAUGAAUGCUGUGAAUAUCAGCAAUAAAUGUUAUACCGGAGCCUGGGAUGAGGCCAAGGCAAAAGGUUAUGACAUAAGAGCUGACACCAUUUCAAUCAAGCACGCUAAAGCUUCCAGAGAAAUUGCCAGUGAGUACAAGUACAAAGAAGCUCACGAGAAACAGAAAGGUCACUACAUUGGAUGCCCGUCAGUAGCGGAGGAUCCCAAACUAUCAUGGGCUGCCAAAGUACUGAAGAUGCAAAAUGACAGAGAGUAUAAGAAGGGUUAUAACAAUUCAAAAGCCAAGAUCACUAUCCCAGUUGAUAUGGUCGCUAUCCAAGCAGCCAAGCAAGGGCAGUCUUUAGUAAGCGAAGUUGACUAUCGUCGUCGUUUGCACCAGUGGUCUUGUCUGCCAGACCAGAAUGAUGUGAUCCAGGCAAGGAAGGCCUAUGCACUACAGAGUGACGCUGUUUAUAAGUCAGAUCUGGAAUGGCUCCGGGGUAUUGGAUGGACACCACAGGAGUCUGUGGACGUAAAGAGAGUGAAAGCGGCCCAGGAUAUCCUGAGUGAGAGACUGUACCGCACACCUCCUGACCGCCUGAAAUACACCAACAUCGUUGACACUCCAGAAAUUCUCCUUGCUAAAACCAAUGCCGAGCAACUCAGCCUUGCAAAAUACAGAGAAGUCUGGGAUAAAGAUAAAACCAUGAUCCAUGUGAUGCCAGAUACGCCUGAAAUCAUGCUAUCCAGGGCUAAUGCUGUCAACGUGAGCCAUAAACUUUACAAGGAAGCUUGGGAUGACAUAAAGAAAUUUAUUGAUCUGAGAUCAGAUGCAAUCCCAAUCAAGACAGCCAAAGCCUCAAGAGAAAUUGCCAGUGAUUACAAGUACAAAGAAGGCUACCGUAAGCAACUUGGACACCACGUCGGAUGCCGAAACAUCUAUGAUGACCCCAAGCUGGUCUUGGCAAUUCAUGUAGCUAAACUGCAAAGUGACCGGGUGUACAAGAAGGAGUUUGAGAAAUUGAAAACCAAGUUCAAUAGCCCAGUGGACAUGCUGUCCGUCUUGUUGGCCAAGAACUGUCAGAAACUGGUCAGUGACAUUGAUUACCGCCGCUAUCUGCAUGAAUGGACGUGUCUGCCUGACCAGAACGACGUCAUCCAAGCCAAGAAAGCCUAUGAGCUACAGAGCGAUGCUGUUUAUAAAUCGGAUCUGGAAUGGCUACGUGGAAUUGGCUGGAUGCCACAUGACUCUGUUGGGGUCAACCAUGUUAAAAACGCUCAGGAUAUUUUGAGUGAGAGAAAGUAUCGUAUAAAAGUUGACAGUCAGAAGUUCACGCCAGUGGAUGACCGGGUUGAUUAUAUUACAGCCAAGCAAAGCGGGGAAAUACUAAGUGAUAUUAAGUACCACCAAGAAUGGAAUAACAUCAAAACAAAUUAUACCCUAACGGAGACGCCACAGUUAGAAGCAGCUAAAGAAGCAGCCAGGAUUCUUAAUCAUAAUCUGUACAAGGAGAACUGGGAGAAGCAGAAAGCUACUGGCUAUUUUUUGCCACCUGACAGUGUGCCUAUUCGUCAUGCCAAACAUUCAAACGAAGUCCAAAGUGAGCUAAAAUACAAGGCAGACUAUGUCAAGCAAAGAGGUCACUAUGUUGGAGUCCAGAACAUGAGACAGGAUCCCAAACUUGUGUGGUUUGACCAUGCUGGGAAGAUCCAAAAUGACAGAUUGUAUAAAGAGGCAUAUCACAAGACAAAGUCCAAGAUUCACAUACCUCCGGAUAUACUAUCUGUCAUCGCAGCUAAAGACUGCCAGACAGUUGUCAGUGAAAUUCCAUAUCGUACUCACCUUCAUGAAUGGACAUGUCACCCUGACCAGAAUGACUGCAUCCAAGCAAGGAAAGCAUAUGACCUUCAAAGCGAUAAUAUUUAUAAAUCUGAUCUGGAAUGGAUCCGUGGCUGUGGGUGGAUUCCUUUAGAUUCAGUGGAACAUCGGAAGGUUAAGAAUGCUCAGGAUCUGAUCAAUAAGAGAAUCUACAUAAAAGAUGCUAUUGACAAUUUUGCUAAAUUCACGCCUGUGACUGAUGCUCCAGAUGUUGUUUUGGCUAAGGCAAACUCAAUAAUUCAGAGUGAUCUGAAAUACAAAGAAACUUUUAAUCUUGAGAAAGGCCACUACAUUGGUUCUGAGGACAAUGUAGCCUUGAACCAUUCUAGAGAAGUGUCUAAGCUUUACAGCGAUAUACUUUACAAGGAUGCAUGGGAAUCAGGCAAGGCCAUCGGGUACACGCUUCCUCCAGACUACAUCCCUAUUGUUGGGGCCAAACAUGCCGACUAUGUUAAUAGUGAGCUUAAAUAUAAAUUAGAACAUGAGAAGCAAAAAGGCCAUUACCUGGCUGGGACACAAAUAAAUGAUUUUCCAAGUGUCGUCCAUUCUCUUGCUUUCCAAAAAAUAAGGAGUGCGUUGGCCUAUAGGAAGAACUAUGAGGACACUAAGGCACACAUUCAUAUUCCAAGUGACAUGAUCAAUCACGUGCUGGCAAAGAAAUGCCAGUAUAUCCUCAGUGAUCUUGAGUACCGAACGUAUCUACACCAGUGGAACUGUUCACCUGAAGAGCAUGAUGUUGUCAUGGCUAAAAGAGCCCAGGAAAUUCUAAGUGAUGUUGUGUACAAGGAUGACUUAACCUGGCUGAAGGGGAUUGGGUGCUAUGUAUGGGACACUCCUGAAAUCCUCCAUGCUAAGAAGUCUUAUGAUCUCCAGAGUCACCUGAAGUACAUAAAAGCUGGAAAAGAUAAUUUAAAGAAUUACGGUGUGGUUCUUGACACUCCAGUUUAUGUAACUGCACUCCAGAGUGGUAUCAAUUCUAGUGAUCUCAAAUAUAAAGAAGAAUACCAUAAAACAAAGGACCAAUAUACUACAGUGCUGGAAACAGUAGACCAUGCAAGGACUGAGAGCCUGAAGAACCUUUUUAGCAAUAACCUGUACAAGGAAGCCUGGGAAAAAGUGAAGUCCAUUAGCUUCACAUUGCCUCCUGAUGCCGUGCCAUUUGUUCGUGCCAAAGAACUGAAGCAUAAUGCCAGUAUUGUAAAGUAUCGGGAGGAAUAUGAUAAAUUUAAAGCACUUUACACUCUCCCAAGAGGAGUUCAGGAUGAUCCAAAUACUGCAAGAUGCCUAAGAGUUGGCAAGUUGAAUAUUGAUCGGUUAUACAGAGAAACCUAUGAAAAGAACAAGGCCAAAAUCAACAUUGUCCCAGACAUGGUUGACAUUGUGUCUGCUAAAGACACUCAGAAGAAAGUUAGUGAAAUUGAUUAUCGUAUCCGUCUCCAUGAGUGGGCCAACAUUGCAGAUCCUCAUGCCAAUGCUCAUGCUCGAAAAGUCAAUGACCAGCUUAGCGAUAUUGUAUAUAAAGAUGACCUCAACUGGCUCAAAGGCAUAGGGUGCUUUGUUUGGGACACUCCUGAAAUUCUCCAUGCCAAACAUGCCUAUGACCUUCGCAACGAUCUCAAAUACAAAUCAAAGGCCGAGAAGUUGAAGAGUAAAUACACUGUGGUCACAGACACACCAGUGUAUGUUCAGAAUGUCCAGAGUGGUAUCAAUUUGAGUGAAGCUAUUUACCGCCAUGAUUAUGUACAUAAUAUUCGAGGAAAAUAUACUCCUGUUGACAAGACAGUGGAUUUGGAGCGAGCAAAUAAUGCAUACAAAAUACAGUGUGAAGGUCUCUACCGAAAUGCUGGUUUACAUGCACUUCCUACUGGAUACACACUCUCUGCAGACACUCCUGGUUUCAAGCACGCUAAACAUGCCCACUACAUUGGUAGCGAUCUAAAAUAUAAGGAAGUCUAUGAACAUAUCAAGGCUAAAGGCUACAAUUUUGGACCCAAAGCUGUUCCCUUUGUAAAUAUAAGGAAAGUCAAUAAGGUUCUCAAUGAGAGACUGUAUCGGGAGACAUACCACAAAAAUAAGGACAAAAUUCACACCACCCCUGAUACCCCAGAAAUCCGCCAAGUGAAAGCUACUCAAGAAGCUGUCAGUGAUCUAAUCUACAAAACCGACUUCUUCAAGAUGCGGGGGCACUUGAUUUCCCUUCCAUAUACUCCUCAAACAAUGCAUAGCCGUUACGUUGGAGAGAUCACAAGUGAUAUCAAAUACAAAGGGGACCUGGAAUGGCUGAGAGGACUGGGCUGCUUCCUGUAUGAUACUCCUGAUAUGGUCCGUGCUCGGCACUUGCGUAACCUCUGGUCACAUUAUGUGUACACCAAUUCUGCAAAGAAGCUGCAAGACAAAUACCAUGUGGUUCUGGACACUCCUGUGUAUAGGACUAUCCAAGAGCUAAAGACCCAUUUGAGUGAUAUUGUGUACAGAGCUGUAGGCAAUGAGCGAAAGACCAAGUACACCUCUAUCCUUGAUACACCAGAUUUUCACAGGGCAAAAACAGGGCAAAAACUACAGAGCAAGUAUUUGUAUGCAGAACUUGCCACCAAAGAAAGACCUCAUCACCAUGCUGGGAAUCAGACACCUGCCUUGGAGCUUGCUAAGCAUGUGAAGGACUAUGCCAGUGAGAAAAAAUAUAAAAGCAAUUAUGAGAAAAUAAAGCACAAGUAUGUAACAGUCCCCGAUACACCAAUCCUCAUCAGAGCUAAGAAGGCUUACCUGAAUGCUAGUGAUUUGCGCUACAAAGAAACCUUUGAACGAGCAAAGGGUAAAUACCACACUGUAAAGGAUGCUUUGGAUAUUGUGUACCAUCGCAAGGUCACAGAUGAUAUCAGCAAGGUGAAAUAUAAAGAAAAGUACAUGAGCCAAUUAGGAAUCUGGAGAUCGAUCCCAGAUCGGCCAGACCACUUCCAUCAUCGUGCCGUUACUGAUGCAGUCAGUGAUGUUAAAUAUAAGGAAGACUUAACAUGGCUCAAAGGCAUUGGUUGUUAUGCCUGGGAUACUCCAGAUCUUGUGCUGGCAGGACAGAACAAGGCACUGUACAGUCCGUAUAAGUACAAGGAAUUGGUUAAAAGCAUAAAGUCAAAGUUCCAGUAUGUUGCUGACACUCCAAUUAAUAAACAUUUUAAGUAUGCUACUCAGCUAAUGAAUGAGAAACUGUACAAAUCUGAUUACGAGAAGAAGAAAGAUAAGUAUUCCAUUGUGGUGGAUGACCCUAGAACUUUGCUGGCCAAAUUGGGAGGCGAACUAAGCAGUCAGAAAAAAUAUAAGUCUAGUGCCAAGUUGUUCCUGCAACAUGGAUGUAAUGAACUUCUGCGGCCAGAUAUGCUGACAGCACUGUACAACACAGAUCAGUGGAGCCAGUACAAGUACAAAAGGUUAUAUGAAAAGCAGAAGGACAAGUUUACAAGUGUUGUGGAUACUCCGGAGCAUCUAAGGACAACAAAAGUCAACAAGGAAAUCAGUGAUAUCCUUUACAAGAUGGAACAUGUCAAGGCCAGAGCAAAAGGAUAUACCACAAUCCAUGACACUCCCAUGUUGCUCCACGUACGAAAGGUCAAGGACAGAAUAAGUGAUUUGAAAUACAAAGAACUCUAUCAGCAAAAUAAGUCCCAUUGCAACGUGGUACCAGAUUCUGUUCACAUAAAGUCUGCCAAACAGGCCUACAAAGUCAACAGCAAUCUGGAUUACAAGAAGAAAUACGAAGCGGCCAAGGCUCACUGGCACUGGACUGUGGACAGACCUGACUUCAUCCAAAAUGCCAAAUCAUCCUUGCAACAGAGCGAUUAUGACUACAGGUACGACCGAGAAUACUUUAAAGGAUGCAAGAUCUCUGUAACAGAUGACAAAAACACCGUGUUGGCUUUACAGAAUGCCAUCUUGGCGAGUGAUCUAAAAUAUAAGGAGAAGCAUAACAAGGAAAGAGGAAUUAUCCAUGCUGUCCCAGAUACUCCUCAGAUUCUCCUUGCAAAAGCUGUUAGCUCUCUCGUGUCUGAGAACAAAUACAAAGAACAUGUGAAGAAGCACCUUCCACACGGCUCUUUCACAAAAUUGCCAGAGACACGUGAUACUGUUCACGUCAAAGAAGUCACCAAGAAUGUCAGUGAGACAAAUUACAAAAAGAAGUUUCAGAAAGAGAAAGGCAAGUCCAACUAUUCGAUCAUGCUGGAGCCUCCAGAAGUAAAGCAUGCAAUGGAAGUUGCAAAGAAACAGAGUAAUAUUCAGUACAAAAAAGAUGCGAAAUCCAAACUUCCUUAUUCAUCUGUGGCAGACCGACCAGAUAUUAAGAAAGCUUCCCAAGUCUCCAAGCUAGUCAGUGAUAUUCAGUACAAAGCCAAGGCUCGAGGAGAAGCUGCUAUGGGAGUCAGCAUGCUUGGACGUCCCGAUAUUGAACUUGCUAAGGAGGUGUCCAAACUUACAAGCCAGCAGAAGUAUAAAGAGAAAUUUGACAAGGAGAAGGGAAAGAAGCCGCAUUAUGACCUGAAGGAGAGCAAGAUUUACAAGACCCUACAAGAUGCUCAUCACAUCGCUAGUGAGGUUAAAUAUAAGGCAGACCACCUGAAGAAAUUUCACAAACCAGUGACAGAUAUGUCUGAAUCCCUUUCAAUGAAUCAUGCCCUGGGUACCAGCCAGCUUGCCAGUUCCUAUCAAUACAAGAAGCAGUAUGAGAAGAGUAAGGGUCACUACCACGUGGUUCCAGAUAACCUUGAACAGCUUCAUCUAAAGGAGGCCUCAGAACUUCAGAGCCAAGUGAAAUAUAAGGAAAAAUAUGAAAAGGAAAGGGGGAAGCCCAUGCUGGAUUUUGAAACACCAACAUACCUCACUGCCAAGGAAUCUCAGCACAUGCAGAGUGACAAAGAAUAUAAAAAAGACUUUGAAGAGUCCAUUAAAGGCAGAAACCUUGCUGGUCUGGAGAUUACACCAUCUUUAUUGCAUGUCAGAUAUGCCACCAAAAUAGCAAGCGAGAAAGAAUACAGGAGAGAUUUGGAAGAAGGUGUCAAAGGUAAAGGCCUAACCAUUUUGGAAGAGACACCAGAUUUACUCAGAGCAAAAAAUGCAACCCAAAUCUUGAAUGAGAAAGAAUAUAGGAAAACUCUGGAAAUGGAAAUCAAAGGAAGAGGCAUGACAGCUCUUGCACUAGGAACACCAGAUUUUAUGAGAGCCAAGAAUGCCAUGGAUAUUGCUAGCCAGAUUAAAUAUAAGCACUCUGCAGAAAUGGAAAAAGCCAACUAUACCAGUGUUGUUGACACUCCAGAGAUCAUUCAUGCCCAUCAAGUGAAGAACCUUUCAAGUCAGAAAAAAUACAAGGAAGAAGCAGAGAGAACCAGGUCAUAUUAUGUACCUGUCUUUGACACACCAGAAAUGCAGAGAGUCCGGGAGAACCAAAAGAACUUUAGCAUGCUUCAAUAUCAACAAGAUAUGCAGCAUAGCAAAGGAAAAGUCACCGUGGUAAAUGAAACACCAGAAAUACUCCGAGUUAAAGAAAACCAGAAGAACUUCAGCGCGAUUUUAUAUAAAGAAGAUAUUGGAACAGGAACAGCUAUGGAAAAGACGCCCGAGAUGCAGCGAAUAAAGCAAACCCAGGAUGCCAUAAGCACGAUUAAGUACAAGGAAAACAUUGGAAAAGGAACUCCUAUUCCUGAUCUUCCUGAAGUAAAACGUGUCAAGGAGACACAGAAGCACAUCAGCUCGGUUUUGUACAAAGAGAAUGCAGGGCAAGGAACCCCGAUACCUGUUACUCCAGAAAUAGAGAGAGUCAAACGCAAUCAAGAAAACAUUAGCUUGGUGUUGUACAAAGAUAAUUUAGGGAUUGGAAUCCCGACACCUAUUACUCCAGAGAUGGAGAGAGUCAAACGCAAUCAAGAAAACUUUAGCUCGGUUCUAUACAAAGAAACCCUAGGGACAGGAAUCCCAACUCCUGUCACUCCAGAGAUUGAGAGAGCCAAACACAACCAAGAAAUAUUUAGCUCGGUACUGUACAAAGAAAAUGUAGGGAAAGCCACUCCCACACCUGUCACUCCUGAGAUGGAGAGAGUCAAACGCAAUCAAGAAAACAUUAGCUCGGUUUUGUACAAAGAGGAGUUGGGGAAAGGUACCCCUACACCCAUCACUCCUGAGAUGGAGAGAGUCAGACGCAAUCAAGAACAUAUUAGCUCGGUUUUGUACAAAGAGGAAUUGGGGAAAGGUACCCCGACACCUGUCACUCCUGAGAUGGAGAGAGUCAAACGCAAUCAAGAACACAUUAGCUCGGUUUUGUACAAAGAGGGACUGGGGAAAGGUACCCCUACACCUGUCACUCCUGAGAUGGAGAGAGUCAAACGCAAUCAAGAACAUAUUAGCUCGGUUUUAUACAAAGAGGGAUUGGGGAAAGGUACCCCGACACCUGUCACUCCAGAGAUGGAGAGAGUCAAACGCAAUCAAGAACAUAUUAGCUCGGUUUUGUACAAAGAGGGACUGGGGAAAGGUACUUCUACAUCUGUCACUCCUGAGAUGGAGAGAGUCAAACGCAAUCAAGAACACAUUAGCUCGGUUUUAUAUAAAGAGAAUUUGGGGCAAGUGACCCCAACCCCUGUCACUCCAGAGAUGGAAAGAGCCAAACGCAAUCAAGAAAACAUUAGCUUGGUGUUGUACAAAGAAAACGUGGGGAAAGGAACUCCAACUCCUGUCACUCCAGAGAUGGAGAGAGCUAGACGCAAUCAAGAAAACAUUAGCUCGGUCCUGUAUUCUGAUAGUUUCCGGAAACAAGUACAAGGUAAAGCAGCCUUUGUCCUGGAUACUCCUGAAAUGAGGCGGGUUCGUGAGACACAACGGCACAUUUCCACAGUGAAAUACCAUGAAGACUUUGAAAAGAGCAAAGGCAGCUUCACCCCUGUGGUUACUGACCCCAUAACAGAGCGUGUAAAGAAGAACAUGCGCGAUUUCAGUGACAUCAGCUACAGGGGCAUUCAGAGAAAAGUAGUGGAAAUAGAACGGAAAAGGGUAGAGCAGGAUCAAGAACUGAACAACUUCACAGAUCUUCGUGUGUGGCGUACUAAUCCUGGAUCAGUCUUUGACUAUGACCCAGCAGAAGACAACAUUCAGUCUAGAAGCUUACAUUUGAUUACCGUUCAAGCCCAACGACGCAGUCGAGAGCAGUCGCGUUCUGCUAGUGCGCUGAGCCUCAGCGCCGGCGAUGAAAAAUCAGAGCAUUCGGAAACUGCUGACCAGCAUCUGUCCUAUUACAGCAAUGGAGGAGGCUUCUUUACCACAACUACAGCAGUGGGCUACAAACAAGCUAAAACUGUAGAGCUGCCACAACAACGAUCAUCUUCUGUUGCCACACAGCAGACAACAGUUUCUUCCAUCCCAUCUCACCCAUCUACUGCAGGGAAGACAUACCGCGCCAUGUAUGAUUACAUGGCAGCAGAUGCAGAUGAAGUAUCCUUCAAAGACGGCGAUGCAAUCGUGAAUGUCCAGGCCAUUGACGAGGGUUGGAUGUACGGGACUGUGCAGAGAACAGGCAAAACAGGCAUGCUUCCAGCCAACUAUGUUGAAGCCGUGUAAGCCAAGAGGAGGAGGCUUUCCAUAAAGCAUAUCUACAUGGACAACAAAGAGGCACUUCCAACACUCUCCUGAGUGCCUUAUUGUUUUCCUUUGUAGAUAUGCAUUAGGCAUUGCCCAUCAGGGAAAGAUUUCAGCAAACAUCUCUGGAAGAUCUGAACGAAGAUUCUAAUCAGAUAACCAUCAGAAA